AUGGCUGCAUUGGGAGGGAAGGGCGUGCCAGAGUCGGCGUCUAAGAAGAGGAAAGCUGCCAACCAGCCCAAAUUUUACGCUGUGCGGGCUGGUCGUCACCCGGGCGUCUACUCGGAUUGGAACGAGUGCAAGGAGAGCAUUACCGGUUUCAAAGGCGCCAGCUUCAAAUCGUUCUCAACUCGAUCCGAAGCAGAGGCAUUUGUAUCUGGGAGAGAGUCGAAUUCAGGCCCCUCUGCUCCUAUUGGAGAAACUCGUUUCUAUGGCGUGGCGAGUGGCCACAAUCCUGGUGUAUAUACCGACUGGACGACUGCUCAAGAGCAGAUAAAGGGAUGGAAGCUACCUAAAUACAAAAGGUUCAGCACAAGAGGUGAGGCGGAAGCGUUUGUUCAAGCUGGCGGCCGCCCUGGCAAGGUGGAUUCAGGCACCACAGAAUUGAUAGAUGAAGACGAACAACCCGAAGAUUUGGAUGACGAAGUGUCGGAAGCUGAGAGCCCGACGGUGCCAUUAAAGAGGAAAAAAACCUCUCCUGUGGCCUCGGUCGACCAGACCAAGACCAGUCAAAAUACAGUCCAGAUAGCAGCCACAACCUCGGCUGCUAAGUCUCGUGCCGCCGAUGCCAAGUCGAAGCCUCUCAGUAUAUAUACAGAUGGCAGCAGUUUGGCCAAUGGAAAGGUGGGAGCUGUUGCUGGAGUUGGUGUGUUUUUUGGGGAUGGAGAUGAUAGGAACAUUUCCGAGGCAUUGGAGGGUGAACUUCAAACCAACCAAAGGGCCGAACUUACGGCCAUUUUGCGUGCGCUUGAGAUUGCGCCAAUGCACCGUGAAGUCCACAUCUACACAGACAGCAACUACAGCAUAAACUGUGUGACGACCUGGUUUAAGAAGUGGGAGACGAAUAGCUGGUUAACCUCAACCAACCAGCCCGUUAUGAACAAGGACCUGGUCGUAGACAUUCUUGCGAGGAUCAGGGAACGGCAAGGACAUGGAUCCGGCACAAUUUUCAACUGGAUCAAAGGCCAUUCAAAUGAUCCGAGUAACGAGGCGGCCGAUAGGUUAGCUGUUAGUGGCGCCCAACGGGCCCAGGCACGGAGGAGGCAGAACAAAUCCUGA